AUGGAAGACGCGUCAGUCCCCAACCCCGACUACGACCUCGCCAAGCCACUCUCCUCAGCAACCGGCCUCCGUCAAGGACUCACUUCCUACGGCGACGCCCAUUUCAGCCUCUUCCUCCGCAAAGUCUUCAUCAAGGCCCUGGGGUACAGCGAAGAUGCCCUCUCCCGAACCAAAGUGGGCAUCAUCAACACCUACUCUGGCUUCAACCCGUGCCACGCCAAUGUUCCGCAGCUGAUGGAGGCGGUUAAACGGGGCGUGCAGCUCCAGGGCGGACUGGCGAUUGAGUUCCCGACAAUAAGUCUACAUGAGAGCUUCUCGGCGCCGACGAGCAUGUUUUUGCGGAAUUUGAUGAGCAUGGAUACGGAGGAGAUGAUUCGGGCGCAGCCUUGUGAUGUUGUGGUUGCUAUUGGUGGCUGCGAUAAGACUGUUCCUGCCCAGCUCAUGGGCGGACUGUCUGCGAAUAAGCCCAUUCUACCCCUUGUCACAGGACCCAUGAUGCCGGGAUCACAUAAAGGCACUCGAGUAGGCGCAUGUACCGACUGCCGCAGCCACUGGGCGCAGUACCGCGCAGGUAAGAUCGACAUGGAGGAUAUUUCCGCGGUGAACGACGAACUGGCUCCCACGUCAGGCACAUGCGGCGUCAUGGGGACCGCCAGCACCAUGGCCUGUAUCCUUGCUGCUUUGGGGCUCAUUCCCCUUGCGGCGGGUGCAUCUGCCCCGGCGGUGUCGUCGUCGCGGCUCCGGGUGGCGGAGGAGACGGGUCGGAAUGCCGUCCGGGCGUGUGAGGACGUGGAUGCGUGGCGGCCGCAGAAGAUACUUACCAGGGAGUCGUUUCUGAAUGCUAUGACGGUGUUGCAGGCUAUUGGGGGGUCGACCAAUGCGGCGGUGCAUUUGAUGGCGAUUGUAGGUCGGCAUCCUGGGGUGGCGGGUGUGGUGACGCUCGAUACGCUUGAUGAGGUUGGGAGGCGGACGCCGUUGUUGGUGGAUUUGAAGCCUAGUGGGGAGAAUUACAUGACUGAUUUUCACAACUCUGGGGGCAUGUUGGCGCUUCUUCACCAGCUCAAACCACUUCUGUACCUCAACGCCAUGACUUACACGGGCAAAACUCUCGGUCAAGAACUGGCCCUUCAAACCCCUAUCCCAAUACCACAACACCUCAGCUGCAUCCAGACUCUUGAAUCCCCUCUCCACCCCUCCUCCUCCCUAGUCGUACUAAAGGGAAAUCUUGCCCCAGGUCGAGCCGUCAUGAAAGCCAGCGCCUCCAAAGACAAGCGACUGCUUCACCAUUCCGGCCCAGCCGUCGUCUUCGCCAACUCAAAAGACCUGGCUGAACGCAUCGACGACCCAAACCUGCAAGUCACCCCGGACAGCGUACUCGUACUACAGAGCAUCGGUCCCGUAGGCAACCCCGGCAUGCCGGAAGCAGGACUGAUUCCCAUCCCGCGGAAGCUCGCGGAGAAGGGAGUAGUGGACAUGCUGCGCGUGUCGGAUGGCCGUAUGAGCGGCACGGCUGGCGGGACGAUUGUGCUGCAUGUUUCGCCGGAGAGUGCGGAUCCGGAGUCUGUGCUGGGGAUUGUGCGUGACGGGGAUGUGAUUACCUGUUGUGUGGGGGAGAGGGUGUUGAGGGUUGAGAUUUCGGAGGAGGAGAUUGCGAGGAGGGUGUUGGAGCGGAAGAAGAGUCUUGAUGGGGAAUGGGAGCGUAGGGGGAGGGAGAGGGGAUAUCGGGGGUUGUAUUUGAGGUCUGUGAAUCAGGCUCAGUUCGGGGCUGAUUUUGACUUUCUUACUGCUGGGGGGUCGUUUGGGGUUGCUGAGAAGGGUUGA